GUCCGCCUCACUACUCCCAACAUCCUCUCCUCCUGCCUCUCCUAUCGCUCUUUGUCACACUCCCCUAUCCACUACCACAUUAGCAACAUUUAGCUAACGCAUGUAUUUGUACGUUUUUCCCCCCAGACCGUCACUCGCCGUCUGGCGUUGGAAGGAAAAGUUUUUGACAGCUUCUUUCUUGGAGCGACAGCCUCGGCCACAUCUCGUUUGAGUCUCGGCGGCGAGACUCACCCCCCCCCCUUUCGCUACUACACCUCCUGUGAACUGCUAUGACCUGUAUCUCCAUCCUGUCACCUGUGUGAAGUGUCUGGUCGUGCUGGUUCGUCUGACCGGAACGCUCCCUCCCUCCCCCCCUCCCCGCCCCGGCUUCACCUCACCGAGCCCGGGCAUCAUGAGGACCUGGAGGCGGCGGAGGAACUUUGCCUUUUUGCUCUUCGCUCUGCGCGUCUGGUGUCUGUCCACGGCGAGGGGAAAUGCUGACAACACGGUUUACAAUAUGCGGGAGGGAAGUAGUCCAGAUGAGGCUAAACAGCGAGGGGAGCGCUAUGGGACCACAGUACCUCUGCUGCUGCAGGGCGAGGAACGCAGACCUUUCUCCCAGCUCCCUGCCAGGAGUCAUCCUGCGUCACUCCAGCUGCUGGUAAGUGCGGAAGGUGAACAGCUGAUCCUGUUGCUGGAGAAAAAUGAGGGUCUUUUUGCAGGCCAUUACACUGAGACACAUUACCGGGAGGAUGGAAGUGCAGUCACCGGUGCUCACAACUUCACGAAUAACUGCUACUACCACGGGGAAGUGCAGGCGCAUCCGGACUCCGAUGUCACCCUCAGCACCUGCACAGGCCUUCGAGGCUUCAUCGCACUUGUAAACAAGACAUUCAUCAUUGAGCCGGUAUCGGGACAUGACACCGGUGCCCACUCCAUCUACCGGGUGGAAGAACUCACAAUGACCCCAGGAGCCUGCGGCCAUGGCUUCAACAUGUCCUCUGUUGCCCCUGAAAACCACAUCAAAAGCCCCUUUCAGUCCUUCCACACAAGGCAUAAAAGGUACGCUCAGAAGACAACCAAGUACGUUGAGCUGAUCAUUGUUGCAGACAACAGAGAGUUUCAGAAACAGGGGAGGGACGUGGAAAAGGUGAAACAGAGACUGGCAGAGAUAGCCAAUUACGUGGACAAGUUCUACAGGGCCCUGAACAUCCGGGUGGCUCUGGUGGGUCUGGAGGUGUGGAGUGACUCUGAUAAAUGUCCCAUCACCCAGGAUCCCUUCUCCACCCUGCACGAGUUCCUAGAUUGGCGGAAAGUCAAACUGCUGCCCCAGAAACCUCAUGACAAUGCUCAACUGAUAAGCGGGGUUUACUUCCAGGGCACCACCAUUGGCAUGGCGCCCAUUAUGAGCAUGUGCACAGUGGAGCAGUCCGGAGGCAUUGUCAUGGAUCACUCCGAGAACCCACUGGGGGCAGCGGUGACUUUGGCACACGAGCUCGGACACAAUUUUGGGAUGAACCACGACACCCCAGAGCGCGGCUGUGGCUGCAGGAUGACCGUUGAUCGUGGAGGCUGCAUCAUGACCCCCUCCACGGGGUAUCCAUUCCCAACAGUGUUCAGUACGUGCAGUAAGAAGGACCUCGCUGCCAGUCUGGACAAAGGCGUGGGCAUGUGUCUGGACAACAUGCCGGAGGUCAAGGUGCUCUACGGUGGCCAGCAGUGCGGCAACGGCUACGUGGAGGAGGGGGAAGAGUGUGACUGCGGAGAGCCGGAGGAAUGUAUGAACCCAUGCUGCAAUGCCACCACAUGCACCCUCAAGGGAGACGCAGUGUGUGCACACGGACAGUGCUGUGAAGACUGCAGGCUGAAACCGGCUGGCACCAUGUGUCGGGAGACCAGUAACUCCUGUGACCUGCCAGAGUUUUGUACCGGUGCCAACCCUUACUGCCCAGCCAACGUGUAUCUGCAUGACGGGCACGCCUGCCACAGCGUCGAAGGCUACUGCUACAACGGCAUCUGCCAGACUCAUGAGCAACAAUGCAUCACCCUGUGGGGACCAGGAGCCAAGCCGGCCCCUGGGAUAUGCUUCGAGAGAGUCAACUCUGCAGGGGAUCCUUACGGCAACUGUGGGAAGGACUCCAAAGGCUCUUUUGCCAAAUGUGAUGCGAGGGAUGCAAAGUGUGGUAAAAUUCAGUGCCAGGGAGGAGCCAACCGGCCAGUGAUCGGAACAAACGCCGUUUCCAUCGAAACCAACAUCCCACUACAGGAAGGAGGGCGCAUUCUGUGUCGGGGAACGCAUGUUUAUCUGGGCGACGACAUGCCGGAUCCUGGACUGGUGCUGGCUGGUACAAAGUGCGGAGACGGCACGGUGUGCCUGAAUCGCCGGUGCCAGAAUGUCAGUGUCUAUGGUGUGCAUGAGUGCUCUGGGAAGUGCAACGGACGUGGGGUGUGCAACAACAAGAAGAACUGCCACUGUGAGGCACACAGGGCCCCGCCGUUCUGUGAGGGAGCGGGCUUCGGUGGUAGCAUUGACAGCGGGCCAAUGAGACUGGCAGAUGUGCGUGCGUGUGUAUUAAUGUGCGUGUUGUCAUAUGUGGCAUCAGCCGACAGUGUGGUCAUUACUGUGGCAAUCCUGGUUACCCUGGUCAGCCUUCUGGUGACCGUCAUCGUCAUCUUUCUGAGGAGGAAGACUCUGCUGCGCCUCCUCUUCGCCAACAAGAAGAGCACCUUGGAGAAAUUCAGAUCUGUGGAGGCCAACAGGCCGACCAGCCCCAUCAGGACUCAGUCCGUGUACAGACCCACCCCGCAGCGCAAGCCUCCACCCAAACCCUCUGGAGCCAACAUUUAUAGGCCGUCUUUCCUGAGCGCGGAGCCUCUUCUCCCCCCACACAACUUCCACUCUCACAGCCUCCGCAGACUGCCCUUCUACCAGCCCUUACACAUCAGCCAGCCCAUGCCGGUGUCCCUGAGUGUCGGCCAGCCCACUCUGCUUCCUCUCCCGGUCCACCACAGGGUCCUGCCUGCCCACGCGUCUCUCUCAGCACCUCGAGUGCCACCUUUUCUCAGUCUGCCACGCCAGCAGUCGUCCUACAGAGUGGACCAGGACUUUGAGAAACCCAAUCCACCACAGAAACCCCUACCUGCAGACCCGCUGGGGAGGAGCUCUCGGCUGGGUCACAGUGUCCGGGUCCACGUCCCGGGAACCAGACCCCUCCCCAUACCCAUCCCCACUGUGCCCAGGCCUCCACCCACCAUCCCUUUACCCAGCAGACCUGUGCCAAUGUUGCCCUACAGACCACCAAAGACAUGAGGACUGCUGAGCUCUCGACGUCACGGACGAGUCGAUCUCACACCAACAGACGGAGACUUUCUGUAUUUGCACUAAUUACUGGGACUCUGUAAGAGCUUUUGGACAGUCUGAAGUGUCACAGAGUUUCUAGUGAAAGGGGGCUAACAUCCCACCUCGGUGCUACGCCUCUGAAAGGUGCUUUGUUGUCCUCACUCAGGUACCAAUGAACUAUUUAUCUAUUUAAUUAUUUAACUGCGAUAUUACCAGUUUGUGCACAGGACACUCGUCCAGAGUGAUUUUUCCACACGGAAAAGUUUAGAAAAAUGGUGUAACGGUGUACUUAAGAAUAUUUCUUUUGCAUUCUUCGCUGAUUUUUAUACUUGUUUUCUCAAACGAAAUGCUGAAAUAUCGGAUGUUUUUAUAACCAUUUAAGUUGCUUGAAUAUGUUAAGUGCAAAAGAAAGUUUGUUUCGUGGCUAAAGUGAAGAUAAAGGGAAAUGGAGCACAACUUGGCAAAUUGUCAGUGUAGCGAGUGGGCGAUAGAGCAGAGUUAUUUAUUCAGUGUUUCAUAUUUUUAUGAUGUAUUCGAUACCAAGUACAUCUUUUCUAAAGUCGAUAUUAAUCAAAUCUUUUUUUAAAUCAAAUCCAGCGGACUCCAAUUAAACUCCUCACUACGUUUUUAUUGCGGGAUUGAUCGGAUGAGCUCAUUCCGCCGCCUCGCAGUCGGGCUCUUCUAUCCCUUAUAAAUUCAGUUUUUUUGCGGCUAAGUACUUAACAGGAAAAGCACUUUCUCUGACUCACUGCUCGGGGCAUGUGUUGGACGCUCCACCUCCUGGUUCUGGCAGAUGCUGCUGAGGAGUCUUAACAGAUUUGACAGACUGAUUGUGUUCCAGAGAAUUACACCAACAGCAAAUAAUUCAACAUUAACUCCGGUGUUUGUAUGUUUCACAUUUACGCUCACUUUGUCCUCGAGUUGUUCGAGCCAAGCCGGAUGACUUCAGCGCUGUGAGCUUUCCAAGCUUCCCCUCGACCGCGUCCAACAACGUGCUUAACCGUAUCCAUCUCCUCUUUUUGCCUUCAUAACAUUCCAUUUUGGUUUUGUAUAUGUUUGACAUUCUUGAACUCUGAGAUUAUUUGUGCGUUCUUAAUAAUUAGUAAUGCUUCUCUUGUUUCGGAAGUGUUCAGAGUAACUGCUCUCCGCUGGAAAAUGUUAGUGCUGUGUCGAUUAGUCCUUAAAUGUUUAUUCCAUUUGUAAAACAAUCCUAAAUGUGCUGUGUUUAUUUACAUCACUGUAACCUGCUUAAGCCAUUGUAAAGAGUAAAUAUUGUAUGUUAUCAUUUUCUUUAUUUCUUUUCUUUUUUUUUAUAAGCACGGUAAUAUAAGAACUGCUUUGAGGUUGUGCCCCAUUUACACUGGCUGAUGAAAACAUGACUUUGAAGAUUUCAACCUAUGACUUGUAAGCCAGAGACGAAUGUUUGAACUGAGAGAUUUUAUUGAUGAAGUCGGAGCCAAAUAAAAAUCCCUUUAUGGCU